UGUCAAAAGGCGUAAACUUCGCAGCUAUUGAAUUUUCUCCCAACGUGUUCUCCGCUGGAAAGUUGUUUUCCUUCUUUUAGUCUCGUGGCAAUCUGACGAUAAGAGAUAAGAGCCGCCCAUUGUACACGCCUCGUCGUCGUCGUCGUAAUAGCCAAGUUGCAUUAGAAACCAGCCUGCAUAGCGGGACGGUACAGAGUGAGCCCACGUAGUAACUACGUAGCAAGACGCAAGAAAAGAUGGCUGAUGAGGACAAGGUCGCUGGACGCCUUCCGGCAGUGAAAGCCGGUGGAAUGCGCAUUGUGCAACACAAAACGCCUAGCAACGAACGGCCUGCUAAGGAUCCGGUAGAGGUGAUCGGGCUUUCGAAUCCACCUCCGAACGUAAACACGGGCGAGGUGGCCCAAUCGGCCACGAAUCCGAAGACGGCCGAGCAUUCCGUGGAGGCGACGCAAGUCGCUCACGCCCAGAAACCGCCAGCCGCCGUCCACCAGAAGCCCGUGAACCAUAUUCAGCAACCCCGGAAGUGAACCCGGGCGGAAAGUAGUCACCGUUUCUACAAAAUUAUUACCUCUCGAGAAAGCGUUUACUCUGGCCUCAUGCUGAACCGGACCGAAAGUGCAUUUGCGCUAUCUUUGCAUUCCACUACUGCAACAACAUUGUCGAUCAUCGAGACAACAACACAAGCGAGAUCAUCUCGAUCGAUAUUACGAGCGCGUUUACAAAAUUUAUCUUUUCCUUCAACUUGUUUUUCGAUAUACUUUAUUCCACAGUUUUUUUCCCCUUUUACUUUACCACCAACCGGAUGUAGAAGAAGGGCCGAAACAACAUUUCCGUUAUUUCGGCGCAUCGGUUGACCUUUCUAUUUUGGGGUUUCCGGAUUCGUUAGGGGACAGAUUUCUAAGUGUUGCUUGCGAGCAAGGACAACGUAGGUGUAUUAUGAGCACUGCCCAAAACGCAGCAUCCAAUUAUCGCCACUUAAUAUGAGUCGUUAAUAAAGCUUCGGAACUCUGGUGUAUACGCAA